CUUGAGAAGAGAAGCUGAAGCCCCUGCAGGACGGGGGCCUCCGUCGCUAUGGGUUCCACCGCUACCCCGGAGGGAGCGCUGGGCUAUGUCCGCGAGUUUACUCGCCACUCCUCCGACGUGCUCGGCAAUCUAAAUGAGCUGCGCCUGCGCGGGAUCCUCACUGACGUCACGCUGCUGGUUGGCGGGCAACCCCUUCGAGCUCACAAGGCAGUUCUUAUUGCCUGCAGUGGCUUCUUCUAUUCAAUUUUCCGAGGCCGUGCAGGAGUGGGGGUAGACAUGCUCUCCCUGCCCGGGGGCCCCGAAGCCGGAGGCUUCGCUCCCCUUCUGGACUUCAUGUACACUUCGCGCCUACGUCUCUCUCCCGCCACCGCACCAGCAGUCCUCGCGGCCGCCACCUACUUGCAGAUGGAGCAUGUGGUCCAGGCAUGCCACCGCUUCAUCCAGGCCAGCUAUGAACCUCUGGGCAUAUCUCUGCGGCCCCUGGAGGCAGAACCCCCCACGCCACCAACGGCCCCUCCACCAGGCAGUCCCAGGCGUUCGGAGGGGCACCCUGACCCACCUACUGAGUCUCGCAGCUGCAGUCAAGGGCCCCCCAGUCCACACAGCCCAGACCCCAAGGCCUGCAACUGGAAAAAAUACAAGUUCAUCAUACUGAACUCUCAGGCCUCCCAAGCAGGGAGCCUGGCCGGGGAGAGUUCUGGUCAACUUUGCUCCCAGCUCCCCAGUGGAGAUGAGGCUUCCAGCAGCAGCAGCAGCAGCAGUGAAGAAGGACCCAUUUCCAGUCCCCAGAGCAGGCUUUCUCCAACUGCUGCCACUAUGCAGUUCAAAUGUGGGGCUCCAGUCAAUACCCCUCAUCGGCUCACACCCCAGGCUCCAGAGACCACUGGGUCACCUUCUGGGAGGGCUCAUCCACCACCAGGAGGUGAAUUUUUCAGCUGCCAGAACUGUGAGGCUGUGGCUGGGUGCUCAUCGGGGCUGGACCCCGUGGCUUCUGGGGAUGAGGACAAGCCCUACAAGUGUCAGCUCUGCCGGUCUGCCUUCCGCUAUAAGGGCAACCUGGCCAGUCACCGCACGGUGCACACAGGGGAAAAGCCCUACCACUGCUCCAUCUGCGGAGCCCGCUUUAACCGGCCGGCUAACCUGAAAACGCAUAGCCGCAUCCAUUCGGGAGAGAAGCCCUAUAAGUGCGACACAUGCGGCUCGCGCUUUGUACAGGUAGCGCAUCUGCGCGCGCACGUGCUGAUCCACACCGGGGAGAAGCCCUAUCCUUGCCCCACCUGCGGGACUCGCUUCCGCCACCUACAGACCCUGAAGAGUCACGUUCGCAUCCAUACCGGAGAGAAGCCUUACCACUGCGACCCCUGCGGUCUGCAUUUCCGGCACAAGAGUCAACUUCGGCUACAUCUGCGCCAGAAACACGGAGCUGCUACCAACACCAAAGUGCACUACCACAUUCUAGGGAGGCCCUAGCCGAGUGCCGCCCCGGCCCCACUCCCUUCCCGGAAGACGGAAAGCUGCGGCUCACGCCUGCGUUCGCUGCCAGGCUUGGGCGUGGGGGUGUGCGAGGCCCCUGGAUAUCAGCGACGGCCACCACCUUUAAUUUCUCACUGUGGGGAGCAGGGGUGGGAGAUUCUGGCCUGAUCUGCCUCUGUUUUGCUGGUCAAAACCUCUUCCCCGCAAUCGAUAUUGUUUCUGAGCAGAGAACAAGCUAGGAGCUGGAGGAGCGGAGAGACUGGAAGCCUGAUUUCCUUAAGGAAUCAGGCCUCCACCUGCAGCCCCUGUCUCAUUUGAUUUAUCUGUAAAUAUAAUUUAUUGAGGCUUCUGGGUGGCACCAGGGCCUUCAUACUAUUGCAUUUACCAUGUCCCUCUUCUACAAGUGUGAUCAAAAGUGACCUGAAACUCGGAAUGAGAGGUCACAGCUCUGCUGGCAGAGAUUAGCACUUGGCUGCCUCCUUUGGCUUGAGUGUUUUAUAUUAUUAUUGUCUUAACUUUUAUCUUUAGAAUUGUUCUUUUCCCACUUGCUUGCUGGUUUGUUUAAAAUGGAGGAAAGGGUUCCCUGUGCCCUGCCCCUUCAAUUCUAGGUCUGGAACCUUUAUUUGUUCUAAGGCAGCUCUCGGAACAUGUGGGUUUGUGGAAUUGGGUCAGGAACCCUCUCGAAUAUUCUGAAUAUUGUAGGUUUUCUAGCAGGCUAGCACUGGAUAUAGACUUUUUCUGUCCUUCAAGGAAACUAUGAUGAAGUGGGGGUAAUAUAUACCUCCUGGAGGCAGUGAUUGUGGGGCCUUUGUCAGUCCUGGAAGUUGGGGGAUGACUUGAGAGACUUUCUCUUAGGCCCCUGACUGUCCUAUUAGUCUGGCCACCUAAGUUUGGCUCCAUGGUAGUUUUGGCUAUCUGAUAGAACUCACCCAGGAGCUUGAGUUGAGCCCACAAUCCUCCCAUUAGGGCCUGUUCUUACACGAAGUUGCUCCCUCUAUGCAGGAGAGAUCUGCAGUUCCAUAUCAAAAAUGAUGCAAUCUUUUCUGAGUCUGCCCAGUCUCUAAGAAUGCAAUGACCUAGGGGAGAAUUAUCUUGAGUUAAGACUAUGACCUUUCCUUUACUGCAGAGCCAUCUGGGUUAGAAUGUUCCUUGGGGGUUCUACGUGAGAUGACCUCUUCUUCCUUUAGUAGAUAUUUGGACAUCUUCUGGCAAGUGUCCAGAUUUCAGAGAUUUCUUUGCCUCUAGAAGUCACAGGUGCUUGGUAACUUUCUUACCUUAGAAAAGCUGAGUCUGUGACAUGGUCUUCCCGUCACUACAUUGCUGUCUGGAACCAGUGAAAGCACUAGAACCUUCCACAAGGACAGAAAAGGGGCUGAGUUCCAUUAUGGAUUUGCUGUAGUUGGGAUUAUGAUCGAGAUUAGUGUUGGGAUUAAAGCUUUAAAAGACUGACUGAUGGACCAUCUAGUUGACCAAGUAUCCCAUAGGAUUAAGAGGUUGUUUGAGGGACAUAGUCUCUGGUGUAGGCCAAGUAGGUAGAAAGUUAGAAAUGGAUUGCCUCUUAACUGUGUGGAGCAUCUAGAAUGUUAGAUGAUACUCUGAAGUAUUACAGUCCUGCCCCUGUUGCUCUGGGGCCUGUUGGUUUUAGGGACAUGGGGUAGAGGGUAAGAAGCACUUUGAAUUUGUGGGAUGGAGCUUCCUCAAGACAGGUCAGUCCUAGUGGCUGUCACUUGGGGACUGGUUAGAAAGCUACUCUUUUCCCUCUUUCCCUCUUAACCUCAGUGCAGAAUUGAAGGAGGGAGGGAAAGCAGAGGAAAGAGUUGAGA